AUGGCGACGACCGUAGCAGGCCAGCCUGCUCCCGCGGGCGGCGACGCAGCGCCAGAGGGAAACAGGAAGAAGAAGACGGCGGCGGAGCAGAAACAACAGCCGUCGGCAGCCCAGAGCGAGGCGUCGGGCGAAAAGAAGCUGUCCAACGCCGAGCUCAAGAAAAAGGCAAAGGAGGAAAAGGCGGCGAGAAGAGCGGCCGCCAAGUCCUCGCAUCCGACCACACCAGGGCCGCAACAGGGAGCAGCAGCAGCAGCGGCCUCGUCGGCCGAAGGCAAGGGCGCCAAGGCCAAGCUCAACAAGCACGAUGGCCACCAUCUGUCCCCGACAGCGACGGCAGGCCAUGCCCGCUCCGUGUUGCGAUCCGGCCCGCUGCCGCCCGCCGGCGCUGCCAGAGACGUCAAGCCCAAGGUCCCCGAGUGCUUCAGCCACCUCUCCAUGGCCCGGCGCAUAGCCAUGACGCACGCCGACAAGGACGUCAACCCGGCCGUCCUGGCCCUGGGGCAGCACAUGAGCACCUUUGCCAUCAGCGAUAGCAUCACCAGGCUCGAGGCAACGCUACUGGCCUUUAAAAAGGUCAUCGACUCGUACACGACGCCUCACGGGGCCACCUUUUCUCGCCACUUCACCUCGCACGUCCUCAACCCACAGAUCGAGUACCUCACCGCCUGCCGCCCCAUGUGCUUCUCCAUGGGCAACGCCAUCCGCUGGCUCAAGCUGCAGAUUAGCAAGAUCGACAUCGACCUCCCCGACUCGGACGCCAAGAAGCUGCUGUGCCAGUCCAUUGACAACUUCAUCCGCGAGCGCAUCGCCCUCGCCGACUUUGUCAUUGUCAAGACGGCCGCCGACAUGGUCGACGACGGCGAGGUGGUCCUGACCUACGCACGCCACCACCUCGUCGAGCGCGCCCUGCUGCAGGCCAGGUCCGCCGGCAAGCGCUUCCGCGUCAUCCUCGUCGAUGACGCCUAUGAGCGCGUCGGGAUCCAGCUCGCCAAGACGCUCGCCGCCGCCGGCGUCCCCGUCACCUACGCCUCGGACCUCGGUGCCCUGCGCGCCAACCUCCGCGAGGCCACCCUCGUCCUGACGGCCGCCGAGGCCAUGUUCAGCAACGGCGCCAUGUAUGCUCGCGCCGGCACCUGCGACAUUGCCACGGCCGCCACCGACAUGGGCCUGCGCGUCGUCGCCCUAUGCGAGAGCAUCAACUUUACCGAGCGCGUCUCCAUCGACUCGCUCACCUACAACGAGAUUGACCCGGAGCGCAACACGGAAGACGGCUUCCGGCUGCUCUUCGACACCACCAGGGACAAGUACAUCUCCGUCGUCGUCACAGAGCUGGGCAACACAUCGGCCAAGUCGGUGCCGGCCAUUUUGAGGAAGUUGGAGGAGCUAUGA